UCACCGCAGUGUGGAGCCUGCCUUCAGCCCUCACUCCUCCAUGUUGAGGUUCUGCUCGUGCUCUUCUCGUUUGUGACUUUUUCAAACAAUGCCAUGGAGGAGUUGCGCUCCGGAGCGGCGGUCGAGAAAUAAGUAAGGCCGAGGCUUCCGGAGGAAGGAUGGAGAGCACGAGCGAGCGGUCCAUGAUGGGCCGCACCAUGAUCCCCACCAUCCCGUCCAUCAUGUUCAUCUUCGGGGUGGUGGGCAACGUCAUCGCCAUCGCGGUGCUGUGCAAGUCCCGCAAGGAGCAGAAGGAGAGCACCUUCUACACGCUGGUGUGCGGCCUGGCCGUCACCGACCUCCUGGGCACGCUGCUGGCCAGCCCGGUCACCAUCGCCACCUACGUGAAGGGCGCCUGGCCCGGCGGGGAGCCCCUGUGUCAGUACUUCGGCUUCACCUUGAUCUUCUUCUCCCUGGCCGGCCUGAGCAUCAUCUGCGCCAUGUCCGUGGAGAGAUACAUGGCCAUCAACCACGCGUACUUCUACAACGACUACGUGGACCAGAGGCUGGCCGGCUUGAGCCUCCUGGCCAUCUACGCGUCCAACGCGCUCUUCUGCGCGCUGCCCGUGCUGGGCUUCGGCCGCGUCCAGAAGCAGUAUCCGCAGACGUGGUGCUUCCUGGAGUGGCGGAGCAACGAGACGAGCGACGCGGCCUUCAACUUCAUGUACGCCGGCUUCAGCUCGGCGCUCAUCCUGGCCACGGUGCUGUGCAACGUGCUGGUGUGCGGGGCUCUCAUCCGCAUGCACCGCCUCUACGUGCGGAGGACGUCGCUGGGCACCGAGCUCGGCCGCAGCAGCGUCGACUCGCGCAAGAGGGGACGAAGUUUCGGGCGUCUGGCCGCCGCCGAGAUCCAGAUGGUCAUCCUGCUCAUCGGCACCUCGGCAGUGGUGCUCAUCUGCUCCAUUCCGCUUGUUGCUCAGGUUUUUCUGAACCAGCUCUAUAAGACUCCGGUAGAACUGCGCUUGGACAAAAACCCCGACCUGACGGCCAUUCGGUUCGCCUCCUUCAACCCCAUUCUGGACCCAUGGAUCUACAUCCUGCUGCGAAAGGCCGUCGUCCGCCAACUAGUGGAGAACAUCAAGUGCCUCUUUUGCAAGAUGGGCGCCAGGAACCAGAAGAAGAGCAACAACUGCGGCCUCCGCUGCAUGGACGCCGCGCCCCAUCCACUUUCCUCGGUCGUCUCCAAGCGAGACUCCCACUCACCUGUGUCUCAUGACGGUCCAGAGAUCAGCUCCGAGACUUUAUUGUACCUCCCGCAGAGAAGCGAGGCCCACGGCGAGAGCUGCUGUCAGAAUCAGAACUUAGAAGGUCUUUCGUGGGCGUCGUCGUGCGAGCAGGGCAAUGUGGCCCCAAGGACAGAGGGUGGCCAUGUGCCAAGGGGCCCUCGUGCUUCCCCCGCUAAGGACCCCGGGCUACAGAUGUCACUCAGCACGGUAACCAUGGAGGAAAAAUGCAUCUGAACUUGUAUUGACUUCGGUGGGUGUUCAAAAUUGAGCCCAUGUAGAAGGAAGAACUGAAUCAUAUCUCAUAUGUCAGUCAGUCAAGAAAAAUAAUUCAAACAAUGAAGACUUUAGCUCUGUUACCUCACAGCAAGAAGGUCUGGAAUGUUGAACUUCCAAGCAGUUCACAUUGUAUCCCAUAAAUGGUUAAACUGACUUCAAAACCCUGCUGUACAUGAGCUACAAACUGAAUUGAAUUGAACUGAACAGGAUCGAACCAUUUUUUAUUCUUGAGCGGUGGUGAUGGUUCCAUCGUGACUCAGUUGCAAAAACGGAAAAUAAUUUGUAUGCUUGUCCCGUCGUUUGUCAGCUAGCAGCUCAUUCCUGGUUCCGAUGUUAGCAAUGGAAGGAAAGGACUCUACCAUUUGAAAUCUGGGUGUGGGGGGCACUUUCUUUGUGAUAUACAUGACAAAAAGACAGUCAUUUCCUCUAACUAAAAAUCAUGGAGCGUAGUAGUUUUGUUUGUCAGUCUGUAUAUUAGCUAGCUGCUACUUCAUCAGGAUUUGUGAUGAAAAAGAAAACAGUUCCAUUAUUAUUCAAAUGGGAAAACCUGAAAUAAACAUUCCUCUAGGAAAAGUGCAAAUUGUAUUUGUAUACAUAUUUGUCCAGGACAGGACUACCAUUUGAAUUCUUGUGUGGGAGGACAGUUUUCUUUGCGACAAAAACAACAAAAGAAAAUGCAUUCCUCUAAUACAAGUGAAAGAAAAUCACAAAGGGCCAUCAAUCCAGUCCAUUUUCUAUAGCGCUCGUCCUCAUUAUGGUCGAGAGUGAGCUGGAGCCCAUCCCGGCUGAAUUUGGGCGAGACGUGCGGUGUGCACCCUGAAAAUUGCAUCAUCAAAGAGAGCAAGGUAUUUUCAACACUUUAUAAUGGUCAAUAAUUUGAAAACGAAAAAUAACAAACCCGCCUGGCGACUGACCAGUAGUAUGGAUUCGUGAAAAAUAUUUAACUGCCCAAAUUUGGACAGGCGGUUUCGCCCCAAUGCCAGUGACUAUAUACAAACACACUUAUUGGAACGCCACCAUAAACCGAGGACCCCUCUAUGUGCACGAUGCGUUGCCGUGUGUCACUCUCACUUAUAUUGACUUUAGGUGAAAGAAAAUUAAUAAAUCGCUCACUUCUGUCUUGAACUCUUCUUUGUUGCUCCUCUCACCGGCACAAUUAAUACACAUUUAAGUCCGGGAACUGGACAUUGUGAUGAAAAACCCAUCUACACAUCCAUUUUUUAUGCUGCUUGUCCUCAUUCGCGGUCGCGGGUGAGCUGGGGCCAAUUCCAACUGACUUUGGGGUGAGAGGCGGGGUACGCUCAAUGGAAAUAAGCCCUCGGAUAUUAUCCUUUUUUUUUUUUUUUUUUUUAAACCUCGCUGAUGAUACUUGACUGUAUGUCUGAACCCCAAAACUAUGAGGCAAAUGUGCUAACCACUGCUUCACCGUACUGCUGAUGGAAUGCCCUAAUGGUGUUGGUUUGUUUUUUUUUGUCCAGCAAUUAGCUACUGUAUCUAUUUAUUGCGCUCAAGGCUGGGAGGGAAAAGAAAUCCACAAAUGUUCCAUGCAAGUAAAGUGUGUAGGUUUUGCAUAAUUCUGCUUAUUAACUAACAAAUGGCGAUCAAAACAAAUACCUCGCGCCAUUGGGCUUGUUUGAAUAAAUGAUUUGCCUCUCAACGACUUCAUUCAUCUCUGCUGCUGCUGGGUUCAAAUUCGAUAUUAUUCCAACAGAUAUGACCCACUUUAUAUGUGACUCAAGUGACGGGAAAAGGCACACUUCCUAUUUUUGGGCCACCAUGUGACAAUCGUUUUUGGACAGAUCAGUAGAAGUAGAUGAGCUCAGAUUUUAAGAAUAACAGUUGGGACCAGCUGAUUAAUGAACUUGUGGUCAGCAGGAGUGAAUGUGAUCCUGCUGGGAUGUGUCUUUGUUUUGGACUCUAUUGUACAAGCCCAUUUUUUUUUUUUUUUUCUUUUUUUUUUUGGAAAGAACAUGUUAUUUCAGCUCCAUGACUAAUGUGCAGUGUGCAGUUUUAUUUUUGUGGUGAAGGGCAACUGUUCUUUUUUUUUUUGUCUGUGCUGGAACCCAUGCAAAUAUUUCAUAUCAAAUAUCUGAAGAAGGUGCAAAAGAUUCCAAUUUGUGACACCUAAUUAUUUACAUGACUGCCGGGAAUAUUUUUCCAUAUGUGGCGCGUUUGUGCUUAGCGGCGAGUUUUCGAGGGUUUUUUUUACCACAUUUGUGAUGGACGCAAGUCAAUUUUAGACGAUGUGGUGAAAUGUUUUGAAUGAAGUUCUUUUGCCAGUCUCCAAUGGCAAUAACUCAAGUCUCAACAUUCAUGAAAUCAAAUUGACUCACGGGUCCACUGAUAAAAAAGCAAAUGCUGAAUCAGAAUUUUUACUUCGAAAAAAUAUUUCACGGUGUUUAGCCUUUGUUCAUAGUCGACGCCAUUUUGACGUAAAUACGAUAGCUACCAAGUCCUGCAGCUGAUACAUGGGUCACAGAUGCACAUAGCCGGCCCAAAACAGACCACGGCCACGAUAUGGCGAGGGAUCCUAGUUAAAGUAAGCCAUUUUAAACUAAAGCGAACUAAACCUUUUCCUCAGUGAGAAGCGGUUGCCAAAACGUGCCAACCAGAAUGCAUCAGUUUACUCUCUUUCUGGUGUUGUAACAAAAUCUGCGACCCCCCCCCCAAAAAAAAAGGGAGCUACAGAUAGUUUUCAAAUGAUCAAAUUGAAUUUUUCAGUUGUUGGACAAUGACGUCUUUAUUCCAGACUAUUACAAGGAACAAUGAUUCGAUUCUGAUUCGGAAAUCAUUCAUAGUGUAGCAAAAAUAUGUAAAAGGAGGACCUCAGGUUCACACCACAGAAGCUUUUGUUGUAUUUCCCCCCCCGAAAUACAUGUAGGUCAUUUAAAAUGUUGUACAAUGUUAUUUUACACAUAUUCUUCUUAGCCUUUCGUUAUACAGUAUAACCAAUUUACCUUUAGAACUCUUAUUUAUCUGAGUCGAAUGAGUUUAGGUCUUCAACUGAAUGUCAUUUAUAUUACGGUAAGCCCCCGCUAUGUCGCGGUUCACCGAUCGGUUUGGUAAGUGUUAUUACAGUAGUUACUCUAUUUUUUAUUGUUAUUUUACUGUUUGGAUAAUAUUGCUCUCUCUCAAUAUAUUAUAUAUGUUUGAAUGGGUUCAUAUUGUUUUACAGGUGUGUUUAAAGACCUUUAAAAAAAAGUUUGAAGUGCUGUAAAUGCAAUAAAAACAUGCCUAAGGUGUAUUUAAACAAGGUAUUUCUAUAUUGUGGUUUUCAUUUAUCGCGAUGGGUUCUGUAAACUAACCCCAGCGAUGGAUGAUGGAUUAGUGUAUUGCAUUGCUUUCUUCUACUUCUUCAUAAUUGUCAAAUGCGAUGAAAAUGAAGAAGUUCAUACUCAUCAAGUUUGUAUGGAAUAUUAAUAUUUUAUUUGCUGGCUCAUUAAAGAUGUUUUUUGGGUAAUUUA